AGCUCUGCACAACGCCCUUUGACGAGCGCUGCAGCACACAUACACCUUCACACACGAGCGCAGCGCCCUUCACGUUUUCUCCAUCUAACAUACUCGCGGAGGCUCACCUUACAUACACUUCAACGGUGUACAAUCCAUGGCGGCUGCGUCUUCGUCUGCGCUGCCACGCGCGUGUCUGCGCCCGCUGCAACAGCCCCCACUCGACGCCAUCACGGUGUACAACACGGCGACCCACUGCUACCUGCUUGCCACCGACAGCCUGCAGCGCGACUUCCACCUCCUGGCCUGUCGGAAGCACAGUCUUGAUGAGGCAGUGAGCUGCGACGGUGGCGCCAAUACGAGCAGCAGCAAUCACACCUUCAACACCGCGUCAGAGUCGGACCUGGAGGAUCGCGGUGGUCGCCCUACGCUUGGCACUCCGUCGCAACGCCAGCAAGGGCCGUUUUGCGGCCUUGAAGACCUCCACGACCACACCACGUACGCCGUUUACUCGCCCACCGAGGCCGCGUCCCUCGUGGAGGCGCUGCAGCGCGAGCACGGCGCUUCCAUGCAAGUUGUCAACGCCGUCGCCCUUCUCGGCGCGGUGCGGUUCACGGAGGGCUACUACCUGGUACUCGUGACGGAGCGGCGGUCGGCGGCGUACCUUGGCGUGCAUCGUCUCUUUGAGGCUGCAGCGGUGGAGUUGGUGUCGCUCCUGCUGGACGGCGACUGGGCCGCGGAGCAGAUGCCGUCACCGCAAUCGUCACGCCGGAGCGGGGAGAUGGAAGGCCUCUCGUUGUUUUCCAUGUCGAGUGGUGGUGGUGGCGCCGCCGCCGCCGCCGCGUCGGGCAGCAGCAACAGCGGUGGGCCCACCACCGCCUAUCGAAAGCCGCACACCUCCUACCGAAAGUCCUCCUCCUCUGCAACUGCAGCGGCCGCGGCGUACCUGUUCCAGCGCCGCUCCUUGGAGGAGCUGUACCGUCAGCAGUUUCUCAGCUCUCUGUCCCGCUCGUCGUCGUUCUUCUACUCGCACAGCUACGACUUAACGAACACGCUUCAGCGGAACACACUGGCCGGUGGCGCCGAGGCACGCGCGAAGGAGCGGGGGGAAGAGGUGGGAAGUGGUGGUGAGGCGACUCCUCCUCCUCUUGAAGCCCGCCAGGGGGAUACGAGUCGUACGAAGGACUUUCACGGCAGCAACGCCACGCCAGACGGCAGCUCGUUGCACCUCAGCAGCCUGCACCAACCACGCAUGCAAUACGUGUGGAAUGAGUAUCUAUUGGAGCCGUGGGAGCUGCCGGAGCGCGCCGCCGCGCACACGGAUGCGGACGAGCGGGAGCGGAGUACGAGUCCCAACGGGCGUGCCCCGGGCGCAGCAGACGACACAGCUGGUAUGUGUGCGUGUGGGCCAGACGGACCCUCCGCGCAUUCUUUGCCUUCUCGUUCACGCGCCGCAGCACCGCAGUAUCCGGCGGCGUUUGCGCGGUGGCGAACCUACAUCAUGCACGGCUACGUCACACAGCGCACGGUGGUCGUGCACCGUCCCGCCUUCCACACCCUCUUACUCACCCUCAUCGCCCGCGUCAGCAAAGCCUCCGCCGGCGUGCGUUACCUGCGCCGCGGCAUCAACAGCGACGGGCAGGUGGCGAACCACGUGGAAGUGGAGCAGAUCGUCAGUGACGAGUCGGCGUGGAAUAGGUCCUUUACCGAGGGUGCCCUCAGCUCCUACGUGCAGCUGCGGGGGUCGGUGCCGCUGCGGUGGUAUCACCCGCCGACGGCCUCGCGGCUGCUGCCGAAGCCGCCCAUUGUGAUUGGGCCCCCGGAUGCGGAGUGGAGUGCCACCUGCCUGCACUUUCAGGAUCUGCUGCGGCAGUACGGUGGACCCAUCCUGGCACACGAUUUGCUGAAGCGGCGGGAACACCACGCACGUGAGUGUGUGCUGGGUGACGCCUAUCGCGCGGCGGCGCAGGCGUUGUCGGCCGCUGUGGACCGCGCUGCCGCGCGACACAUUCAUCGCACAGAGCGGCAGCAGCAAAGCUCUCACGAAGAGGACCCGCUUGCGACGCCGCUGCGCAGCUCCGAUGUGCUGCAGUAUGAGUCGACAGACCUCCGCGACCUUGGCCCAUUGGCGUGGAACACGAUGACGGCCAUCGCAGAGCACCACUUUGACCAGGGGCACUGCUUUGUGUGUCGGCGGCGGCCACGUGUGCAAAGCGCAGACGCAAAUCCACCCUCCUCCUCCCAAUCAGCACCAGCGACCACCUCUCCCGCACACGACGACUGUCCUGCGGUAGCCGUGCAGCUUCAAUGCGGUGUGGUGCGCAGCAACUGUCUCGACUGCAUCGACCGCACGAAUCUUGGUCAACUCUUUCACGGCCUGCACGCACUGGGCGAGCAGCUGGCCGGCCUGGGCCUGCUGCACCACGCCGCCGAUCUGCGCGACUCCCCGGCGGUCACGGAGCUGCUGCUGGAGAUGUACCUGGCGAUGGGUGACGCCCUCGCCAUGCAGUACGGCGGGUCGGCGCAGGUCGGCGCUGGUGUGCUGCACCGCGGCGCGGGGUGGGAUCAGCUGAUGGGGGUGAAGCGGCUGUAUAACAACAUGAUGGGCGAUCGCGAAAAGCAGGAAGCCAUCAAGCUGCUGCUGGGCCGAACGCAGCCGCACCCACGACAGCACUCCCGUGCGCGCAACGCCGACAUGCACCGCCCUGGGCAGGUGCUACCGCUUGCGUGGAGCACCUCCUUAUCCGACACGCCCUCGCUGAACUCGUCCAUCACGGCCGCCACGCCCGGUCUCGCGGAAGCCGCGGCGGCAGCAGCAGCUCGCGGGUCGCCAUCCAAUAGACCUUACGCCUCCCCCAGCACUGAAACGGCGCUCGUGUCGGUGUCGUCGGCGUCGUUCUUCACAAACGUGCUGCGCGCUGCCUCGCGUUGGUGGGGCGAAGCCACCGGUGUGUCUUCAGCCGCGUCCACGGCGGCGGCGGCGGCGGCGGUCGAGGCGCUUCGAGCUGCCCAACACGCUGCCGCGGAGGCGGAAGCGGAGCCGGACUACUACGAGAACGUCUCGGCCGGCCCACGUCUGCCACCGGUUGGUUUGUUAGCGUCGUGGUGGGUGCAGCCGCUGAACGAGUUUGCGGCGUGGUAUGCUGCCUGUGGAAUUGCCGAGAGCGGCGGCGCCGGGGCGGACGAGCAACCUCAGCGGUCUCGUCGAGACGAAGAAGGAGAGAAAGCGGCAGCCGGUCCUUCGCUUUCUUUGCAGUCCUCUUCUGCAGAGCCCCCUUCGCGUUCUCCCAUCGCAACAGGGGCACCCGCACGACUAUACACCGUACCUGCCGCCACGCUCGACGAUGCCCUCGCCCAGCACCUUCUGGCGGAAGAUGACAUGGCCCAGCAGCGGUGGCUGCUGUACGUGGCCCGGUGGGAGCGGCAGGCGUGUCUGGCUCCGUCACCGUCAUCGUUGCUGCACCAGCAGCGUGGUGCUGCCGCCUCUUCUACCUCUGGCGGGGUUGGUCUAGGCCCCGCUGAGCAUGACGGCAGGUGGGCUUCCCCGGUCACCAACUUCAACUUGUGGUUCAAUCGAGGUGUCGGGAGCGGAGGGGAGAGUGUGCCGUCGCGCACCACCGCGGCAGCAGCAGUAGCAGCAGGCUCCUCCAUGCAGCCAUCGGUGUCCACCUGGGGGAUGGAGGAGGUGGUCGAGACGGGCGGCGCUGCUGACCCUCCUGAGAGCGCGUUAUUGCUGAGCGAUGGGCCGUCGAUGUCCGCCAGUACGGCGGCUGCUGCAGCUGCCUCCGACGCCGAUUCAGCAUUUGCGCCGCUUUCCCUGACGUUGACGCCGUCACUUUUCGAUGGCCCGUGGAUUGUGCUGCGCACCACGACACACCUCCUGCCCCUUGACGACGCCUCCCACCCCAGCAGCACGACUACAACGGCCACGGCGAGGCGCAACGGAACGAAGCCGAAGGAAACGCCUUCCACGGCAGCCGCUUUACGCUUGCUGGACUCGUGGAGAGGUGCGAAGGACGGCCACACGAAAGCAGCGGCGUCUCUGUCGCCGUUUACAUCACACGGGAAUCGAGAAUACCCAGCUGCGUGGCUAAUGGACAGCGCCGUCGUCUUGGCGGUGAUGCGGCAGCUGUUUGGCUGCGUUCCUGCUGACGCGGCCUCCAUCGUGGCAUCAUCGUCUCUUUCCUCUUCCCCCAGAAACACGACAGAUUCCGUCAGCGGACCGCACAAGUGGCGCUGUCCGGAAGAAGCGCACGACCACAAGGCGUUUCCGCGCACCGUGCACACCAGCGUGUUUGCGCAACAAGCGGAGGCGUUGGAGGCGCUGGCGUGUUGUGAAACAUUGUCGGUCGCCGCCGGCAUCGGCGUGGGGAAUACGGCGACGUUACUACCGCUGCCGGGUACGGAGAACCCCCGUCGAGGUGAGGCGUCUCUUCGAUGGACGGGGGACCGACACAUCGGCUCCGUACGUGGCUUCGCACCUCUUCCACAGCCAAACGGAAUGCCGCCGCAGAUAACGACGCUGUCGGUGGCGGGCUGCGCAUGGAAGGAUCAGCACUUCACGGCUGCGUUGUUGAGUGAGUUGUACGGGCCACCGGACUAUUGGGGAACGGAGGAGGUGGUUGUGGUGCUGCAACGGCUGCUCUACCCUGCCCCGCUGUCCCCCGCCGUGCAGCGUGUUUUACGCGACGCUCGUCUACAGCCAGCACUCAGCGGUGCGGAACUGAUGAACUCCAAUGCAUCGCAAGCGACGAAGGGCACGGACAGCGUGCGCAGCUAUUGGCAACGUCGACUGUCAGCGGCGGAAAGGUCACAAGUAGAGACCUCGCAACAGCACCCAACGCAGGAGAAAGCGGCGGCUUCGAAGUCUGCAUCGGAGGCGUUGAGCUCCGCUGUAACGCUGCUGUGCCGUCUCUCCUCCAUCCUACGCUCCGCAACCUCAGUUCUGCCGGAAUCAGCGCUUGGGGGAGGUCGAAGCAGAUCGUCUUCGCCUGUCACGCCGGUGCCGCCGCCUUUUUAUAUGCUCGACCAUGAAAGUGACGGUGUUAGUAUGGCGGGGUCGCGCCCCUCUGACGGCGCACCAGUGGAAGAAGAGACGUCCGCCGCCGCCGCUGUUGAGCCGCUAUUGCAAGACGAGCGUGGUGACGUUCCUGCGGCUGUGCGGCUUCAGCUUCUGCUUCCCGAUCACCCUUGUCUCCCCGAGUGUGCACGUCGGUAUUGGCUGCUCUGUCGCCUGUUCCAGCCUCUCUUUCCUUCCUCGGUGCUGUCUCUCUGUCUGCUGCACCGCCUGCUGCAGAGUCUCUUCUGCGAAGUACCGUGUACAGGGGCGGACAACACCUGCCUGACGCCGUCUGCUGUUCCGUACAUCCCACACCGUACGCGCGACCACGUCCGCUACACCUUUGCCCUCUCUCCUCAGAUCCAGACACCACCGCAACCGCAGCAACAGCAACACCGAGAGCAGCAGAUCCGCUCGCAGCUGGCCGCGGGGGCCUUCACGAGCCUCAGCAGCGGCGGCGGCGGUGGCGCGGAGAGGGCACCAUCGCUGCCGUCGUCGUCGUCGACGGCGGCGGCGGUUCGUGAAGGCUCCCCUUUCUCCUCCUCCAACCUCACCUCUUCGUCUUCUUCCGCGGUGCACGCCGUGCACAUCCCAGCAACGUUGAAGGUGAAGCGUUGCUGCUCCGCGUUGGAGUUGUUUCGGUGGUGUGCUCAGUUUCGCACGAACUGCGGCCGCGCUCACGUGGCCGAAGGGGGGCUGUCCAGGCCGUCUAGCUCGUCGACGGCUGUGAAAGGAGCUGAGGUGCCGCGCGUGGAGGCCGACGAGGAGGCCGCGAGUGCCUCCUGGCGUAUUCUCUGGUGGGCGGUGGAGAACAACGUCGUCGUGCCGGUGGUGCGGCGCCGCGAGCAGACCACGCUGGAGAUGCUGGCGGAUGAGACGGCGCUUUUCUGCGUUGUGGACGAUGUACCACGCGUGGCCCUCAACAUCGAGCGCCGCAGUCGCGGAGAGGUGUGGCGACACGCAGAGCAACACGACCACCUCGCCGGAGGGUGUGCUUGCGGCGGUGGGCUUAGCGCAAUCUACGGAGUCCACUUCGCCGCGUCGUUCCCUGUGCACCGCCUCAUGCAUCGAAGUGCGCUGGCUGACAUGAUCACCCUCAGCGAAACCAUCGCCAGUCUCGGACUGGGCGCCGCGGCCCGUCUCCAAGAGUUUUUCCGCGACUACACCCAGCAUGGAUGGACACGGAUAGGUCUAAGGGCGUCAAGCAAUGAUAACGGUGGUGGCGGUGGUCACGACACAGCCAACACAAGUUGCACAAACCUAAGCCGCUGCGUCUCUUCGUUGCCAUCCACCGGGGCAGGCGCUACGGUGGCAGCCGGGAAUGAAGGAGGGGAAUCCGGCAUCGGUGGUUGUGGCCCCUCUUCACCUUCCGCGACGGCCGCCGCAGACGCGUCGGUUGCCGUCACGCCCGCUGACAUCAUCACGCACUUCAGCCAACUGGCGGAGGAGUACCUGCAGAGCAUACAGAGUGUCAUGGUGGCGCUGCAGUUUGUGUCGCUUGACGCACUCGCCGAUGAGCACGCGCUGCACGCACACGUCAGCUUCUUUAUCAACGUGUACAACGCCGCCUAUGUGGUGGCGUGGCUGACGAACGUGAAGGAGUUAAUCAGUUCCGCUGCGACGGCAAUGGAGAAGGUGAAGGUAGCAGCAUCGCUCGCCACUCCUCGCCUUCCUCGUCCGUCUGCGGCUGCAGGGGCUGGGUCGGCGUUGCGCACCGUUGACCUGCUGCCGCUGCCCACUCUGUGCAACACGAACAUUGCCUGCUUCAUGCACACCUACGGCGUCGUGAUUGGACACGUGUUUGUGAGUCUCGAGGAAAUGAAGUACGGCGUUUUGGGCGGCAACCGCCCCCCGCCGUACCGCGAUACCCCGCUGUGGUCCUCCUCGCUCGGCACUGCGUCUUCGACUUCGCCAUCGACACAGCCGCAGCAGCCUAAUGGAGCAGACAUGGCCGACGCAUCUGCGCACCGCAGCAGCAGCGAUUCGAGGAGGAGUUCGUGGCGGUGGAUGUCGUUGGUGCCGCUGCAUCUCCGCGCGGAAAUACCAGAGCCGGCGAGGCUUUCUUCGCUGCGAGGGCAUGCACACCUGCAGGCGGCACUCAAAGGGAGAGAGCUGUGCGACCUGUAUGCGCCGGACGGAGCGGCGAAUAAACAGAAGAUCACCGACGAGCGGCGAGACAUGCAGCCCUCUUCGUCGUUGCCACCACCACAGCCACAAUCCAGCGGCAAGGCAACGCGUGCGCCGUCUGUGUCUUCAGUCGAUGCCUCCCUUGAACCCCUCACCAGCCGUGGCGCACCACCGCCGUCGUCCACAUCCGCGCCGUCCCUUCACGGAACGCCGAAAUCCCUCGCGCACACCACCGCAUCCUUGUACCCCACCACGCCAGCCUUUGAGCAGCAGCGGCGGCGCUACGGCGAGCUCGCCGAGGCGUGGAGCACCGACGUGGUGCGGCACCUGCCCUUUCGCAUCUGUCUGCAGCUCAUCGACACGUACCUCCCGCCCCCGAUCUUUCACCUCUGCCACGCCACGGAGGGCAGCAGCAGAGCGGACGGCACGACCACCACCGGCGGUGGGGCGGAUGGCGGAAGCAUGGGCGGGGUAAACGCGCGCGCUGCCUCGCUCGACGCGCACCUCCGCCUCGACGUGGAUGCGGAGCGCGUGCCGUGGCAUCUGCAGCCGAUUCUCAACACGAUGCCGCUCGUCCUUCCCGCCCUGCAGAGCUCGAAGCUCGGCGCGGUGUACAGCGUGGCGUGCGACGGCGAUCGCGGCCAUGGGCGGGCACGCGGGGCGCUGGUGCCGCAGGUGAACCCCGAGGCGAACGGCGUCCUCCUGCAGCCUGGCCGCAUGUGGAGCAGCCCGUCGUACUACGUGGUGGGCGGCGACGGCGCCAACGCGGAGGCGGCCACCGCCCAUGCCUUCCAGCUGCUGCAGUCUCUCAGCGGGUCGUACCUCGGCGUGCACGGUUAUCGCAGCGGGGGUAGCAGUAGCAGUGGAAGCGGACCAGCGGUGGCGCAGCAUCUCUGUGUGCCGAUGCAUCACGAGGAAGUCUUGGCGCAGCUGCGCGCGACGGAGGCGGCGUUUCGCACUGCGCUGCGGAGCACCGAUCCGCAGCUGUUCGCCAAGACGCAGACGUCGUCGUCAGCUGUGCAGCGGCAGCAGCAACGCACGUCUCCGCGCGGAUUUGAUUCCCCUCCGGGCGCCGUCGGCACUUUUCCCUCUCCGCCUUCGCGAUACAUUUUUGGCGUGUCCAACGCCGCAUCCUGUUCUGCGGCCUUUCACAACGCCAUGAAACCGCUUCUGUACGAUUGGUGUCGCGCCACGGAUGAGGGGAUGGAAAGCAUUUCCCUGCUGGCCAAACAGGGCUCGCAGCUGCGUGUGCUGCUGAAGGUGGUGCAGCUGUUGGAGGCGUCCUACGCAUCGGCCGAGGCGGUGCGGCAAUCUCAGCUGGCCGUGCGGGAGACCCAAUGCAGACAAGGAGAAGCGCAUGGCCGUGUGGAAUAA